AUGACGUGGCGUCAAUUCAUAAAUAACAGCUUAAAGAAAUCUCACGGACUUUUCGGUGAGGCAUGCGAGUAUUAUUUUUUGAAUCAGGACGGUAACAUUGCGUAUGUCAAAGUGUUCAUGAAAGACGCUGCAACUUUCGAAUCAGCCAUAUCGACAUUCAUCUCUUCUAAAGAACUGACCGAAGUUCCAGUUUUGGCUCUUAUCUUGCAACGCACGAAUGACAUUUGCAGACUGGACAUUUCCGAAGACGACUCUCUAUGGCACAAAGCAGCGGUUUCUAACGAGAUCGAUGAUGGCUCUAACGACAAGUGA